CCUCGUCAAGCCCCGAUAGGCUUGCUGAGGAUAAAACCUGGAGCCUGGGGAAAGAGGGAGACAUUUCAGAGCAAGAUGGCAAGAGGGACGGUGGUCACUUACCUGCAUGGAGUGCUUCUCCUGGCUCUCUGGAAACCGUCACUGCAAGGAGGUGUAUUUGUACCAGCUGCUGGAGUCGGAGCAGGCACAGCGGCCGGUGCAGGGCCUGGAUUUGGACCAGGUGGAGCUGGAACCGGCUUUGGACCAGGUGGGGCUGGGACAGGCUUUGGACCAGGUGGAGCUGGGACAGGCUUUCAGCCCGCUGGAGGAGGUGGACCAGGAGGGACUGGCACUGCUUUAGGAGGGUUCGGACCUGGAGCUGGAGGAGGCUAUGGUGGACAAGGACCUGGGGGUGUCGGACCAGGAGGAGUCGGACCAGGAGGAGUAGGGACUGGUGGGCUUGGACCCGGUGGUGUUGGCCCUGGAGGCUAUGGACUUGGGCCUGGUGGAGUUGGUCCGGGUGGUUUUGGUCAAGCAGGCACUGGUCCAGGUGGUCAAGGUGCAGGAUAUGGAGGCCUCGGAGCAGGGGGUUUUGGUGGAGGAGCCCUUGGAGCUGGAGGUCAGAGAGCUGGAACAGGCUACACUCCUGGAGGUGGAUAUGGAGGUGGCUAUGGACCCAAACCUUCUAAAACAGGUGGUGUGGGAACAUCCCUUGGUGCAGGGGUUCGUCCUGGUGGUGCAGGAUUUGGGCCAGGUGGUGCAGGGGUUGGUCCUGGUGGUGCAGGGGUUGGUCCUGGUGGUGCAGGGGUUGGUCCAGGUGGUACAGGAUUUGGGCCAGGUGGUGCAGGGGUUGGUCCCGGGGGAACAGGAUAUGGGCCAGGUGGUGCAGGGGUUGGUCCCGGGGGAACAGGAUACGGGCCAGGUGGUGCAGGGGUUGGUCCUGGGGGAACAGGAUUUGGGCCAGGUGGUGCAGGGGUUGGUCCCGGGGGAACAGGAUACGGGCCAGGUGGUGCAGGGGUUGGUCCCGGUGGAACAGGAUAUGGGCCAGGUGGUGCAGGGGUUGGUCCAGGGGGAACAGGAUACGGGCCAGGUGGUGCAGGGGUUGGACCUCGUGGAAAGGGAUAUGGGCCAGGUGGUGCAGGGGUUGGUCCUGGGGGAACAGGAUUUGGGCCAGGUGGUGCAGGGGUUGGUCCCGGGGGAACAGGAUAUGGGCCAGGUGGUGCAGGGGUUGGUCCUGGGGGAACAGGAUAUGGGCCAGGUGGUGCAGGGGUUGGUCCCGGGGGAACAGGAUAUGGGCCAGGUGGUGCAGGGGUUGGUCCCGGGGGAACAGGAUAUGGGCCAGGUGGUGCAGGGGUUGGUCCCGGGGGAACAGGAUAUGGGCCAGGUGGUGCAGGGGUUGGUCCCGGGGGAACAGGAUACGGGCCAGGUGGUGCAGGGGUUGGUCCUGGGGGAACAGGAUACGGGCCAGGUGGUGCAGGGGUUGGUACCGGGGGAACAGGAUACGGGCCAGGUGGAUCUGGAGUCCCAGGCAGAGUACUGCCUCAGACUGGAACCACAGGUGGAGGACCUGCUGGAACGAGUACUGGCAAAGCAUCAAAACAAGUUCCAGGUAUUGGGGUGCCUGGACUCUAUCAAGGUGGAUUUGUGCCUGGACAAGGUGUCGGAAAUCGUGGCGUUCUACCUGGAGUAGCCACGGGAUCUGGACUUGGGUCUCAAACGGGGGCAGGAGUACUUGGCCAAGGCGGGGCAGGAACCGGAGUAGGCAAUGGUCAAGGACAACAGAUAGCCGGGGUUUUUCGUGGUUACCCUCUCAUAACACCAAAAUCAGGGGCAGGAAAAUCAAAGAAACCAGGCAAAGCUGCAGCCAAAUAUGGUGGAACUGGAGCUGGAGGGGGAACACUUGGUCAAGCAGGCACUUUAGGGGGUGGGGCUGGACGACUUCCUGGAGGGGGAGUGGGAGUCACAACUGGAGGUGGAGGUGCUGGAACCGGAACUGGACCUGGGUUAGGAGGCGGAGUUGGAACUGGAACCGGAGGUGGAGUCAGAACCGGACCUGGAUUCGGAGGUGGAGUCGGAACUGGAACCGGAGCUGGACCUGGAUUCGGAGGUGGAGUCGGAACUGGAACCGGAGCUGGACCUGGAUUUGGAGGUGGAGUCGGAACUGGACCUGGAUUCGGAGGUGGAGUCGGAACUGGAACCGGAGCUGGACCUGGAUUUGGAGGUGGAGUCGGAACUGGACCUGGAUUUGGAGGUGGAGUCGGAACUGGACCUGGAGCUGGACCAGGAUUCGGAGUUGGAACUGGAGCUGGACCAGGCGGCUUUGGUUAUGGUCCCGGUUCAGCCAAAGCACGCAAAUAUGGUGGUGCAGGCACUGGUGCUGCUGGAGCUGGCGGAGUCAGGCCUGGUGGUGCCGGUACUGGCUAUGGACCUGGCGGAGUUGGGCCGGGGGGUGCUGGAACUGGCUAUGGACCUGGUGGAGUCGGGCCGGGUGGUGCCGGUACUGGCUAUGGACCUGGCGGAGUCGGGCCGGGUGGUGCCGGUACUGGCUAUGGACCUGGCGGAGUCAGGCCGGGUGGUGCUGGAACUGGCUAUGGACCUGGCGGAGUCGGGCCGGGUGGUGCUGGCUAUGGGCCUGGUGGAGUCGGGCCUGGUGGUGCCGGUACUGGCUAUGGACCUGGCGGAGUCGGGCCGGGUGGUGCCGGUACUGGCUAUGGACCUGGCGGAGUCGGGCCGGGUGGUGCUGGAACUGGCUAUGGACCUGGCGGAGUCGGGCCGGGUGGUGCUGGAACUGGCUAUGGACCUGGAGGUUAUGCAGGUGCCAAAGCACGCAAAUAUGGCAGAGGAGGUGCUGGAGGUACGCUGGGCACAGGAGCACUUGGAGGUGGAACUGGGCCUGGGUCUGGACUUGGAGUCAAUGGGGGAGUUCCUGGGCGAGGUGUUGGACUAGCAACUGGUGGCGGACCUGGAGCAGGACUUGGAGUUGCAGGGACAACGGGGGGUUCUGGUGUUGGGACAGGAGGUGGACCAGCUGGAUUUGGACCAGGAUUUCCUGGAGGGGCCAAGUCCCUCAAAUAUGGGCGUCCUGGGGGUGGUGGGGCCCCUGGGUCUGGUCUGGGUGGUCCAGUAGCUGGUGGCUACGGACCAGGGACGGGAGGAGUCCAGGGAACUGGCAGAGGCUAUGGACCAGGUGGAUAUGGACCUGGAUCUGGAUCAGUGGCUGGGACUGGGACUGGUUAUGGACCAGGUGGAUAUGGACCUGGAUCUGGAUCAGUGGCUGGGACUGGUUAUGGACCAGGUGGAGGUUACGGCACAGGACCAGGAACUGGAUAUGGAACAGGUUAUAGACCCGGAUCAAAACCUGGCAAAUAUGGUGUUGGCCAGGGUGGAGCAGGUGGUGCUGGGGUACUUGGAGGGGGACUAGGACGAGGAGGUUAUGGAACAGCUGGAUCCAAAGCUGCUAAAUACGGGCAACCUAAUGGCGUUAGACCUGGGGCAGGAACGGGGACAGGAACGGGGGCAGGAACGGGGACAGGAACGGGGGCAGGAACGGGGCCAGGAACGGGGGCAGGAACGGGCACAGGAACUGGCACAGGAACGGGGACAGGAACCGGGACAGGAACUGGUGUUACAGUGAAUGGAACCAGUACUGGCAGCGGUGCAGGGACAACAACUGGACCCAGUGGAUCAGGAGGAGGACGUGGAGUCCCGGGUAGCACACCAGCACCGUCAUCAGAUGGUGAUGGGGGGGCUGCCAGUGUGAUAGAGGGAUCUGGAAUUCCUGGAGCGGAUGGAGGCACUGGUGUAGCUGGAAGGCCAGUUGGAGGCGAUGGAGACGGCCUGAAUGGAACAGGAAUCCCCAUUAUUGGAGCAAAACCAGGUUUCAAUGGGACAACGGCUCCAGGUUCAACAGGAGACACCUCUGCUGCUGGCAGACCUGUACAACCAAGUGCCGAGACAGGAGUUGGUGGAACAAGAGUUCCCCCUGGAGGUUCUGGGGGUGAUCGCUCAAGCGGCACGCUACCUGGAGCUAAGCCUCUCAAACCCCCAGGUGUCCCUAGAGGUGACACACCAGGUGAAGGAGAUGGAGAAGGAGGCCCUGACGGAGAGAGAGAUAGCACAGGUGGAAGAGCAGGUGGAGUCGGAGGGAGUCCCUCCAGUCCUGGGGCAGCAGGAAGUGUCUCAGGUGGUGUAACAGGAGUGGGGAGAGGAGACGGUUCUGCCACUGGGACUGGAGUUGGAUUAGGGGGUGCAGCUGACGUAGUAGGGGGAACGGCAAAGCCUCCAAAAGCAUACGGUGCUGAUGGGACUCUAGCAGGAGGUGCCGGGGGUGGACCUGGUGGCGCUGGUGCGGCGGCAAGAGGAGUUGGUACCGGACCUGGAUCAGCUGGAGGAGGUCCUGGAGCAACAGGCUUGGUACCUGGGGCUGGUGGUGCUGGUGGAGUUGGAACAGGAAUCCCAAAACCUGGAAAAAGCUAUGGUGCAGGUGGAGCUGGAGUUUUACCAAUUGGAGGCGUACGCUACCCCACUGGAGCGGGAGUGGGACAAGGAGCAGGCAAAGCAGGAAAAGCAUAUGGGGCUGCUGGAGCAAGAGGCCAGGGAGGGGUUGGGCCUGGCGGCUACGGCUUUGGUCCAGGAGGUUACGGUGCGGGACCUGGAGGUUACGGUGCUGGCCCAGGUGGCUUUGGAGCUGGCCCUGGUGGAUACGGAACUGGACCUGGAGGCUUUGGAGGCCCGACUGGAGGCAGAGGCACUGGUGUUGGUCCUGGGGGUGCUGGGACUCUUGGAGUUGGAACAGGUCCUGGAGGUGUAGCCGCUGGUUCAGGGAGACUCGGCGGUGGACCAGGAGGAUAUGGUGGAGCAGGUUCUAGGUUCGGUCCUGGAGCAGGAACCGGCAAACCACAGAAAAGUUACGGAGCAGGAGCUGGUGGUGCUGGGACCAGGCCUGGUGGCUAUGGAACUGGUCCAGGUGGCUAUGGAACUGGACCAGGUGGAUUUGGUCCAGGGAGCUUUGGGCCUGGCAGUGCUGGGGCUGGUAGUUAUGGGCCUGGAGGUACUGGACCAGGUGGGUUUGGGCCCGGCACUGGAGGUACUGGACCAGGAGGGUUCGGGCCCGGCACUGGAGGUACUGGACCAGGUGGGUUUGGGCCCAGCACUGCAGGUACUGGACCAGGUGGGUUUGGGCCCGGCACUGCAGGUACUGGACCAGGUGGGUUUGGGCCCGGCACUGGAGGUACUGGACCAGGUGGGUUUGGGCCCGGCACUGCAGGCACAGCACUGGGUGGUGCCGGGACUAGGCCUGGAACAUUUGGACCAGGUGGUGUUGGCACAGGACCAGGAGGCUUCGGACCUGGUGGAACAGGGUCCCGUCCUGGUGUUUAUACACCAGGUCAAGGAAAAGCACCAAAACCAGGUUAUGGAUCAUCACUUGGUGGAGCCGGUUAUGGACAAGGCGGACCAGGUGGUGUAGGUACAGGACCUGGAGGGUUUGGACCAGGUGGCGUUGGGACAGGUACAGGAUUUGGACCAGGUGGCGCUGGGACAGGUACAGGAUUUGGACCAGGUGGAGCUGGGACAGGAACAGGAUUUGGACCAGGUGGCGCUGGGACAGGAACAGGAUUUGGACCAGGUGGCGCUGGGACAGGUACAGGAUUUGGACCAGGUGGCGCUGGGACAGGAACAGGAUUUGGACCAGGUGGCGUUGGGACAGGACCUGGAGGGUUUGGACCGGGUGGUGCUGGGACAGGUACAGGAUUUAGACCAGGUGGCGUUGGGACAGGAACUGGAUUUGGACCAGGCGGCGCUGGGACAGGAACUGGAUUUGGACCAGGUGGCGCUGGGACAGGAACUGGAUUUGGACCAGGUGGCCAAGGAUUAGGAAAGAGAAAACCCUCUAAAUCCGGUUACGGAGGAGCUGGUUAUGGUCCAGCAGGAGGCCUUGGCGGAGGAGCUGGUCUGGGUGGAGCUGGAACUAGGCCAGGUUUUGGUCCCGGAGGUGCUGGACCUGGUGGCUUUGGUCCCGGAGGUGCUGGACCUGGUGGCUUCGGUCCCGGAGGAGCUGGGCCUGGUGGCUUCGGUCCCGGAGGAGCUGGACCUGGUGGCUUCGGUCCCGGAGGAGCUGGACCUGGUGGCUUCGGUCCCGGAGGCGCUGGACCUGGUGGCUUCGGUCCCGGAGGAGCAGGACCUGGUGGCUUCGGUCCCGGAGGUGCUGGACCUGGUGGCUUCGGUCCCGGAGGUGCUGGACCUGGUGGCUUCGGCCCCGGAGGUGCUGGACCUGGUGGCUUCGGUCCCGGAGGUGCUGGACCUGGUGGCUUCGGUCCCGGAGGAGCUGGACCAGGUGGCUUCGGUCCAGGAGCUGGUGGUCAAACAGUUGGAGCAAGAAAGCCUUCUAAAUCUGGUUUUGGUUCAUCUUUGGGCGGCUCAAACUUCAGACCAGGUACCGGAGUGGGAGCUCUCCCAUCUACAGGCGCAGGAGGUGUCCCUGGAGGUGGUUCAGGUAGUCCCUUCGGAGGAACCGCAGGGGGGAUAGGAGGAACAGGCCGAGGUAUAGGAGGGGGACCAGGCACCCUGCCAGGGGGUGCUGGCACCGGCUUUGGCGGAGCGACGGGAGGGGUUUAUCCAGGAUAUGCAGGAACUGGACAAAAAUCCAAGCAACAGAAGGCAGCCAAAUACGCAGCCAUGCAGGCCUUGCUGGGAGCUGGAGGCUACAGAGGUGGCGGCUGUCAGGGUAAAUACUGUGCCCGAAGGAGGAAGUGAGAGAGCGACAGACAGGAAGUGACCUCAUUUAAACAACAGUGGUGCUAUAGCUUGAUCACAGAAUGUAAAUGUCUUACUUGCCUUAGGAGCCGACUUACAUUUUCAUUUUCACAGGUUAUGUUGUCGUUGCAUAAAUGUAAUAUGUAGCUGCAUUUGAAUAACUCACAAGUGGUUCUCAGGCUGUCGGGACGCUGGAUCCUCCAAAUAAGACAGAAAGGGAGCAAGGGCUCAAAAUUAUUUUGUAUUAUUUAGCUAUUUUAAUUUGGAUUACUAACUUUUUUUUUGUAUUUGACAAGAAAAAGCAGAUGUGCCAUUGCCAAGGCAAUGCAAGUUCAAACUGUAGGUUCAAGUGGUUGUAACUAACGUUAUCAAAGUAGAUUAUUUAUCCCAUUGAACAUCCUUCUAGCCCCUUGUGGAUCUUGACUGCCAGGCUGAGAACCUGUGAAAUGAAGAGACGGUAUUUCUUUUCAUCACUGAGGCCAAGCUCUUCCAUAAUACAGAUUUUGAUUGUUGUUGCUCUGUUGAAUAUUAUUUGUUUAUUUUGCAAAAUCACCGUGAACCCUCUGGGUUAAAACUGAUGCCAAGGACUCCUUCAGGGCAGCUCCUUCUGACCUGUCUGCAUGCUGACACCGUUUAUGAACCAAACUCACUUUGAUUCAGUUACACUGAGUUUACCUUAGUUUUUUUUGUUGUGGUUUUGUUUUUUAGCUUCACAUUUACCUAAGCAGUCAAUUCACUGUUCUUAGCUUUAACAACAAAAUACAAACACUUAUUUAAACAGUACGUGGACAGCUGUUUUCUUUUUAGGGGAACAAUGAACAAAAGGGAGUUUUCUCUCUUGACUGGUCAUGAUGUGAUCUCUGGAAAGCUGCCUGUGUUUAUGUGUGCUCUGCCAGACCUCGGGGUGUGUAACUGGUAACACUUGCGAGAUACUUCCACUCAUAUAAUGCACUGUUUAGUCGCAAAAAAUUACACGAGUAAGUUUGAGUGUAAAACUUUGGCUGACAUGCAUAUUUUCUCACCAAGGAUGCGUUUGUUUGAGAGUGUGGUGUGGCGUUGCUUUAACCUUUACAUUUGCUGUGGAUAAAAACACUAACUGUGAGGUAAUAUGACCAGAAUACACGCAUUCACACAUCUGAGGGGUACCGAUUACUGUCUGUCUACUUUAGAUGUACCUCUGUAAACACUGUCCAAACAUCACUCACAUUUACUAGGAUUUUUAAAUUAUGCUGAGAAAUUUAAUCUGGUAUCAUUUUACACAUGUUAUUGCUUUAGUGGGCUACAUCAUUCGAAGUAGUCAUUGUGUAAUUGUGUGUGUGUUUGUGUGCAUGUGUGUGUUUUUUUUUUUGCAGGUUUAAACUUGUCUUACAUCAUGCUUAAUAAAAGUGCUUUGUUUUCUACAUUGUCCUUGAAUGUGAGUUGGAUCAAUAAAUAAUAUGUGAUGUUAUGAAGAUAAACAAUAAAAUAAAUGUGUAAUGGGACUCUCACAUUUUGUUUCUUUAUCAUGUGGCUCAAAAUGUGUUUUUACCAGCUGUUGUUUAUCUGGCUUAUGAAGAAAAUUAUGCACUUUUUUACACUUUUUCUGAAAUAAAAAGAUGAUCAACAACA